AUAAUUCAACGAACGAUUUAUCACACUUAAAUGGCGGGUAGUGGAGACGGUUCAAUUUUGGACAUGUCACGACAAAGGCUGCCGUGAAACAGCUGUGAGAACGAUGUUAAUAUGAAAAUAUAGAUUUAUAACUGACUCAAUGGUAUAGCCCCUUCUGUUGGGUGUUGGCCAAAAUGGACAAAGGCUCACCUUUAAAGUUACCCUCCCCCAUUUUAUUGGCGGAGAAAGAUGACCACGAUGAAGAGAGGGCUGUACGACUCCUUCAAGACUGUACACCAAGCCCCAAAUAUACCCCAAAAAUCUUCACACCUGGAGGCAAGAAGAUGGGAUCCAUGCACCCGCGUAUGUCUAGUCCAAGUCCUGGUCAUAAGCUACCACGUGGGGGAACAAGAAAUGAACUGUUUUUGCGGUCAGUUCUGUCCAGUCCAUACAACCACGAUAUCCACUCUUACACCCCUAUGUCUGCUACCCCGGCAGGCAUCAGUCCACGCCCAGUGUUUAAGACUCCAGUUACCAACGACAACGGAAGUCCCUUAACACACAGGACACCCAAAGGUACUUGUCCCUCUGGUGGGUCUUCGUCAGUAAGGAAACAGAGAAUAAUCAAUCCAUUCGAUGCUGCCCUGCUGGACCAGUUGGAGGGACCAGUGUUUAAUAGUCCAGGAGUGUUCACAGUGCAAUCCACACCCUCCACAGAUGAGAAGAAACCAUUCCGUUGGUCAAUAGAACACAUAGCAGAACUUCACCCGGCAGACAUCGAUGAGAUGCCUCUUUACCAGCAAAUCACACCAGACAAGGCGGUUGAAGAGAGAGCCCAGAAAGCCAUAGACAACUUCUUCUCCACCAAUCUUAUAGCACCCUCGCCAUGGAACUCUGAUGCUAAAGGCUCAGGGAUGAAAAAUCUUGGAGAAACCCCCCUUAAAGCCCUGGAGCCAGAUCUUCAAGGAUCCAUUCAGAAACAGUUACCGUUUGUUAAAAAGGUCCCGGUGAUGCAGGAUGCCUCAGCUCAGACCAUGCUGUCACUUCCUGUGGAUUUCAGUGUCGCUGAAGUGCUGGGUGAUUACAUGGUGUGUGAUGAUGUGGAGAACCAGGAAGUCUCACAGAAGAAGGAAGUUAAUCAGGAUGUCUUAAGCACUUCCUCUUUGAGAAGAAAGCUGUUCUUCCAUCCAGACAACAGUAGUUUUGCUAUUAGUCCUGUAAAGACAGCUCCGGUGAUAGAUGAAGAUGGAGACUAUAAUGGAUGUGCCUCCCCUCAAGUAUUUUUGGCCAAUCAGAUAGAAAUUCCAUUUCAGCAUGCCACACCUCUUAAACCACCCAGCAGAAAUCACUUUUCGUCUAGUCCAAUAAAAAAUGUGAAAGGUCUUCAAACCCCAGAAUUUCAUGAUAAACAACAGCAGAGAGAAUUCUUCAGUUCUCCAGAGUUGUCUCCCAUUGUUCAUGGACGUAUGACUACAAAAAGGUCCUCUGGCCUGUUUUCCCCACAUGAGAAGGUAUUUGGAGAACACAUAGUUCAGAAGAACAUGAGUGUUGAAUUUGCCCAGUCGCUCAGUAGUCCCGAGGUGUCUCCUAUCAAGGGGAGCUCCUGUACCACUUCACAAACAAAGAGCAGAUCAAAACUGUCCAUUCACAGUCCGGGAGUGUCCCCAAUCUGUGCCAAUCUGGAGAAUCACUGUCCGGGAGUGUCCCCAAUCUGUGCCAAUCUGGAGAAUAUGGAUGAUGACCAAGGGUCAUUUAUACAGGAAUCACUACCAGAUUUUCCAUCAGACGAGUCUGACAUUGAACUGUCCUUAGGUACUCCUCUAGCCUCCAGUGGUCAAUCAGAGAAGGUGCCAACAACAACACGCAAAAUAUCGCAUUUAGCCAGGCGGGGUCAGCGGAACAUCCUUCAUGACUUUGAAGAUACAGCUAUGGAAUUUGAGCCAGAUGUGCAACCCUCAAAGCAUUUACGUUUUGCAGAUGACAUUAAGACUUCCAGCUUGCUUCAUGCAAAAGAUUAUUCCAUGGGAGACAUUGAAAUGGAUGAUCAUGGUAUUGCUCCCAAUACAACCAAUCAGGAUACAGGAUACCAGACUACAAGUCUUCAAUCAACCAAUCAGGACACAGGACUGACAUCAAGUCAAACUAAUCCAUUUUCAGUGACUUCAAAUAGUGAAGUGCCUCCAUCAACAAACUUGACUUCAUUAUUCAGUAAACUCCCAAUGGACUCCGUCCUGCAGGAUCCAAAUCCGCCCUCAAAUUUCCCAGAAUUCAUUACCAAAGAUUUUGAAACCAAUGCAUUUAAUUCAUUGUCUUCAAAUAAAUUAUUGCAAAAUGAAAAACCACUGAUUGAACAAAUUUUAGACGUUACAAAUCCUGAACAAUUUGGUCAUGCUCCAUAUAGUGAAGAGGAAAUUCUGGAGAGAGCUCGUCAAGUUUUAGAGAUGGUGAACAGACUAUACCCAGAGGUGAACUCUACCAGCAAUGAGCCUGAGGAGGACAGGACAUCAAUAAUCUUCAAUAAAACUGGUCUGUCUCUGUUACAUGAAUUAGAACCCAUUGUGUCAUCAACUCCACAAAAGGGUGGCAAGGGACAUAACUCUGACACAGUAGCUGCAAGUGAACAGGCAUUAGCCAUCCUGAAACGAGCAGGAGAGGACUUGGCCAAAUUUGGACACAUGCUUUCCUCAAUCAAAGCCUCCAUGGAUUAUAGCAACCUUGUAGACAAGCCUUCUUGAUGAAUGUUAAUACUUAGUUAUCUUAUUGACAUUGCUGAGCUUUAACACUGUCAGCAAUGAAACCCAGGGAAAUGCCAUAAUUGUUUGCAAUUUGUCCACUGUUCUUUGUUCUUUUAGUGUUUUUAGCUCACCUGAGCCAAAGGCUCAAGCGAGCUUUUCUGGUCAAAAUUUGUCGUCUUCGUAAACUUUUCACAUUUUCAUCUUCUUCUCAGAACCACUGGAUCAAUAUCAACCACACUUGGCACAGAAUAUCCUUGAAUAAAGGGCUUUCAAGUUUGUUCAAAUGAAGGGCCAUGUCCCCUUCAAAGGGGAGAUAAUUACUAAAAUGCAAAAAUAAGGUGGGUUCAUUUAAAAAUCUUCUUCUCAAGAACCACUGGGCCAAAGGAGCUGAAAUUUACAUGACAGCUUCCUGACAUAGUGCAGAUUCAAAUUUGUUAAAACCAUGACCCCUGGGGGUAGGAUGGGCCCACAAUUGGGGAUUAAUAUUUUACAUACAAAUAUAUAGGGAAAUUCUUUAAAAAUCUUCUGAAGAAUCACUGGGCCAGAAAAGUUUACACUUACAUGAAAGCUUCCUGAUAUAGUGCAGAUUCGAGUGAGUUAAAAUCAUGGCCCCCGGGCGUAGGAUAGGGCCACAUUAGGGGAUCAGAUUUUUACAUACAAAUAUAUAGAGAAAAUCUUUAAAAAUCUUCUUCUCAAGAACCAUCAUCCAAAGAAGUUUACAUUUACAUGCAUAGUGCAGAUGCAAGUUUGUAAAAAUCAUAUCCCCCUGGGAGUAGGUUGGGGCCACAAUAGGGACCAAGUUUUAAUGCAAAUAUAUAUGAAAAAUCUUUAGAUAUGGGCCAAGGUCACUCAGGUGAGCGAUGUGGCCUAUGGGCCUCUUGUUUAGUAUUAUCACUGACUGUCUGAGUAACAUUGUUGUUGCGUGAUGCCAGUAUGUGCCAAACCAACAUCUUAGACCUCUCAGGACUCAAGUUAUGAAACCAAUUAUUUGUGUCUUAUCGAAGAGAAGAACUCAACAGUUUGGGUUUUUAUCCCCCUUUUUUUUGGGGGGGGGGGGGGGGGGGGGGGGGGGGGGGGGGGGGGGGGGGCACUAUAUGAAGCUUGGUGAGGUUAAAGAACUAUACAUUAUAAGGGUUCUUAUUUGGCCCAAAUUUGAAAGUGUGCUUUGUACAACAAUCCUAAUGCAACACAGUAGUUAUUCACAAUGUGAACAGAAUUGCUCAGAUUUAAAAUGUUUAUGUCAAAGAUGAAAAUUUUUCAUUAGUUUUUGGUAUUCUGAAUUAAAAUAUUAUAGUAAAUUUUCCUUUUUUUACGUUCGGUAAACAUUGGGUGAAGUUUUUGACAAACUUCAUAUUUAUGCCAUAAAUUAUCAUUCUAGUUCACGUACUUAACAUAAAACUUUAUUUGUUCAAAGAGUUGCUCUGUGUCUUUUCUGAAGAAAAAUGUUCAUGAGAAAUAGUAGUGUGUGUCUAAGUUUUGAGUUAAAUUGAGAAAUUGCUUAACUUUUGUCAUGACUCUACAUGUAAACAUUGGAGAAUAUUAUGUGAAACUGUAUUUGAAAUAAUCUCUUCAUGAAAUACAAUUUAGUAUUCCUAAUUCUAUGGGGGCUAAAAGGGGACUUUCUUGGUGUAUAUGUAGUACUUUAACAAUCUAUUAGAUUUUUAAUUUAAUACUUUUCUUUACACUAAGCUGUAAGAUUAUAAUAUAUACAAUUUAUUUGCUUAAUUAACAAUAUGUACAUGUAUUUUAGAAGAAUUUUAAAACAGUAUUUCUAUUUAUUUCUCUUCCUGAAAAACAUAUCUAAAUAUUAUGGUAUUUUACUACAGCAUCAAGACUCAAGUGAAAUACUAAGUACAUAUGUAUGUGUUUUUAUGAUCUUUAUUUUAACACGAAUUAAAUUUUGAAUUCUGAA